UGGCCCAGAGCGAGCCCCGCCCCCUGGCCGAGAAAGGGCGGGAGCGAGGGAGCCGGUCGCUUCCCUCCAAGGACGACGAUGCGGCACCAGCGGCCCCCUUUUCUCCCCGCAGCAGCAGCACCGCCACCACCAGCCGCCACCCCCUUGGCGCUGCUCCUGCUGCUGUUCUGCAAAGUUCUGGCCCCACUGAUUCCUGGUCCCGAAGACGAAUGUGGAAUAAGGCCUCUUAUGGAUGAAAAAGCGACAGAGCCUCGGAUUGUAGGUGGACGUGAUGCUCAGCCUGGGGCAUGGCCGUGGCAAGUUAGUCUUCAAGUUUACCGAUUUGGUGCUGGAUUUAUCCAUAUAUGUGGUGGAUCUUUAAUCAAUAACAACACAGUGUUGACAGCAGCACACUGCAUCGAUGAAUUGCUGGACCUAGAUUUUUUUAGGGUUGUGACUGGAAUCAAUAAUCUUUAUAGAUAUCAACCUCACACUGUAGUAAUUGGGAUUAGUGGUAUCAUGGUCCAUUCUGAUUACAGUUCCCAGAAGUAUCAAAACGAUAUUGCCUUGCUUAAACUAAAUGAGUAUAUUCCAUACAAUAACUAUAUUCAGCCUGUCUGCUUGCCUGACGCUUCUCUGGUUGUGACUAAUGAGAAUCCAUGUUAUAUAUCUGGAUGGGGAAACAAAAGACUCCAAGGUCCACUUCAGUAUACAUUAAAAGAAGCUCAGGUGGACAUUUUUUCACUGGAAAUCUGUAAUCAAAAGCGCUGGUAUAGAGGAAUGAUAACAGAGAAUAUGGUUUGUGCUGGCACUGAAAGUGGGUUUAAAGGAGGCUGCCAGGGAGACAGCGGUGGACCCCUGAUGUGCUAUUUCCCAGAUUCCACCAAGUAUUAUGUGGUGGGAAUCACCAGUUUUGGUAGAGGCUGUCCAUCAAAACAUCCAACAGUUUAUACACGUACAGCUAAUUACAGAGAUUGGAUAGAGUCACAUCUUGCCUUUAACAAUAAGAACGCUGCAAGCAUCCCAUCGCUUCUGAUCUUUUUGACAGUAGAGUGGGUAGCUUUCACAGCAGCAACCUGCCUGGAUGCAGAGAUUCCCUGCCCUCUGCAAGAGAGAGAGAGUCAGGUGCUGGUGAAACGGAGGAAGGAGCGGGCCGGGGCUCAGGCAGGCUGGCGGAGGCGCCGCUCACAUUCUCAGAAGCAGGGCGCACGCACACACAGUCGCACACACAGGCUGCUGUGCUCUGCAAGAGAGGAAGGCGCUGCGCGCUGGCUCGGCUGCUGGUUCAACGGAGGCAGGAGGGGGGCUGGGGGCGCUCAGGCAGGCUGGUGGAGGCGCCGCUCGCACUCUCAGAAAGCAGCAGGGCGCACGCACACACAGGCUGCGCCCUGCAAGAGAGGAAGGCGCUGCGCGCUGGUACAACCAAACGGCAGCAAGCAGGCUGAAGGUGGAGGCGCCGGAGCUGCUCACACUCUUGGAAGGCAGGGCGCACCAGGUCUACACAAACAUAUAUUACAGGAAGCUCAAGUGGACAUAUUCCCACUAGACAUCUGUAAUCAAGCUGACUGGUAUGGAGGAUUGUUCAUAACCCAGAAUAUGGUUUGUGCUGGUACUGAAAGUGGAAUUAUCAGUGGCUGCCAGGGAGACAGCGGUGGGCCUCUGAUGUGCUAUUUCCCAGAUGCCACCAAGUAUUAUGUGGCGGGAGUCACCAGUUUUGGCGCUGACAACUGUUCCCAAGCAAGACAUCCAACUGUCUUCACACGUACAGCUAAUUACAGAGACUGGAUAGAGUCACAUCUUGCCUUUAACAAAAAGAAUGCUGUAAGCAUUUCAUAUCUUUUUAUGUUUUUGAAUAUAGAUUGGGUAGCCUUGCAUCUUGUUGUAUGAAGAGGAAAAAUCUUCCAUUGUAUGAAAACUUUCUUACCUUGCUUUUAAAACGUAUUUUCCUGUUUUGAACAAAUACCCGCAACAAAAUUUAUUAUUUUAGCAAAUAGUGUUGAGGGCAUUCUCACAACACAAGCUGCUUGGGUUACCUCAGGCAACUUGUGUCGUCUGGAGCACCGGGAGCCCCCUGCUCUCAGCUGCUCCAGUCUAGGAAAGACCAUCUUUUCUACUUGGUAUUUUAUCAAGGUAGAAUGAACUGUGGGUUUGUUCUACCUUGGCAAUUGCCACCAGUAGAUGGCUUCCCCACAGCCCACUGCCAUUUUGGUCUGCAAGCUGGGGGAAGGAAUGGCUGUGCCAAAUGCAGCGGCUGCUCUGUUGAGAGCAGCUGCUGCGCUGCUGGUGCAGGGCACACUGGGAUGCAGGACGUCUUCCUCCCGCUCUCAGUUCUGACGUUCGCCAUGCCUCCACUCAUGUGGGCAUGCAGCAGAGGCCAAGACAGCUGCCACUCAUCUGCAGGGGAAGGCAGGGAACCUCCUCCUCCAGCCCUCCUGGUCAUUCUUCUAUAAGUACAAAAGCCAGUGUUCAGUUACAUGUAUGUGUUUUACAGAUUAUAAAUUACCUGAUGCUAAGCUUACUCUCCAGCAGGCUGAUCAAACACGGUUUAAGGCCAGUAAUUUAGCAUAUGACAGAAAUGUUUUUCCUCCAGCAAGACCAAUUAUUAUUCUAAGCAUAGUGGCUGACAUACCAUGCAGUGAAUUUGAAACAUUAAGAGUUGAUGACCACCCACUCUGCUCACAUGUGUAACCACUGUUGAAGCUGCUGCAGAACAGAGCAGCUCUGCUCCAACUUAAAGUUGCACAAACAUAGUUCUGCAACCCAAUGCCCAUUAUUUCCAAUGGGUGUCGAUUGUGCAAAUGUAUUUGCACAACUUUAAGUAGGAGCAGUUCUGUUCUGUUUCACUACAGCCCCAUGGCAGCUACACAUACACAGCAGUGUGGUCGAGUGCUCCACCACCCCAUUUCACUGUGCAGUAUCUGAGCUAGCUUCCCAAAUAUGCAAUUUCUGUUUCUAAGAUAUAGCAAAACAAUGUACACAAAAAAUGCUAAAUGUUGCCAUAUUAUUCCUGAUUUUUCAAAUAAAAGAUGUUUUAUAGCUGAAUACAGAUGUUAUUUAUAAAUAUACACAGUUUCUUGAA